CAGUGAGUCAGUCAGGGCUCCGCUGUCCUGCAGCUGUCAGCACCUGCUGUUGUUUCUUGUUUCCACAUCUGGAUUAACUUUGGGGAAAAGCCUCACAGAAAGCUUUUGGUUUGGAGGACCUCUGCUGUCAUCAUGUCAACAGUUGUCCAGUUGGAGCCAGUCAUGGAGAUGACGUAUGGAGGAGUUGGACGCUGCAAGUGCUCAUUUUGGUUCGCAGUGGCCCACGACAUACUCGGUGUGUUCAUCAUGAUGGUGGGGGUGUUUGGAGGCCUGAUUAUCCACGACUUGUUCAUCUAUGCCGGGGCCAUCAUCAUCUUCCUCAGCCUGAUCUGGUGGGUGUUCUGGUACUCCGGGAACAUUGACGUACCUCCUGAGGAGCUUGAGGAUGACGUGGGCCUGAUGAAACUGAAGAAACGUGGAAUCAGCCGGGUUGUGAGGAGCCUCUCCAAUGGGCUCAGGAACUCUUUCAGAAGGAAUGGUGGACACUUCAGAGAGGGCCCCACGGGCAACAACAGACCUUCAAACAUUGGACAGCCGCCAAGCACAGAAUUUUCGCUCUCCACUAUCUUCGACUCCUCCUUUACCUCCUCAUCAAAAGAACUUGUGAGAGAGCCGCUGUCAAUUUGAACUAACCAUCAAAGACUUUUAAUAACACCAAGAGACACUAAUCUUGGAUAUUUGCGUCCUUUCUCAUUAGUUUAUUCUGUUGAAAGGGAUUUUGUGUUUGCUCUGCUAAUAUGCUAAUGAUUACACAGCAAUGAAGUCUUGUCUAGAUAAGAUCCACAUGCUCUUAUCUAACUGAUAAGGUUUAAACCUUGCACACCAUAACACAGUGCUGCAAAUGACCAUAGCUCUCUCGUUAGUCAGUAUUUUGUUAUAUUUGUUAUAUGGAUAUAUUAUCUGAAGGAUGUUUUUUCUUGUUUAUUAUAUAUAUAUAUAUAUAUAGCUAAAGAUACAUUUGGGGACAUUACGUAGACUUACAUUCAUUUCCUAGAGACAAACCCUAACCUUAACCACUGACCCACAAUUGGGGACACAGCUUUAUUCCCAAUUGGACAAACCAUCCCCAAUGAACUGGUACCAGGUCUGAAAUUUGUCCCCAAAAGUACAGACACACUCACUUAGGCUGUUGAGUUCCCAGGAUAGAUAGUUGCAAGGCAUCUAUUUUAACUUGUAAGCAAAAUACAUAUAAAUAAAGUGAAUCUAUUUCUGCCGUUACACUAUUUAGUUAAUAGAUGUUAAAGUUCGUAAAGUUUUACCACUAAACUUCACUGAAAAAUGUCCGGGAGUUAUACAUUUUACAGCACCUGUACAGUUUGACUUAAAAUGCAUAUCAGGCACAUAGAUCAUUAACCAUGUCCCAGUUAUAUAGCAUGUUUAUCAUUGUUCCAACUUGAUGACAAUGCCAACAUAAAUCAUCUCUUGAUUUGGGUCUAUUCAUUCUGCUUGGGGUCCAGUGGUAAUGAUUAAGGAUCUUGGUGAAAUGCAGUACAGCUUCAUUCCAUUGUUGUUGUUCAGUGUAUUCCACCAAUAUCUGUCUCCCAAGACAAUGGCAUGUCUGAUGAAGUCAUAGAAAAUUAAUGUGCCCCCGCUCUUUAAGGCUGACAUGUUGUAGUUGGCUUUGAAUUUCAGAGACUGCGGCGAGAUCAGAUCUUAGCAGUGAGAGGAGGCAAUGCCUAAGCUGGAGAUAUCAGAAAUCUGUACUUGCCAGAUUGCAAUAUUGUUAUGGAUACUCAAAGAUAAAUGUGACAGUCUUCAUAUAAGUAUAAAUAUAAAUGAAAUGAUACAAAUCUAACCUAUAGGAAGGGAGAGUCCCCUGAUGUCUUUGAGUAUAGUUUAGUGCAAUUAAAGAAAGGCUUUUCCUUUGACAUCUAAACAAUUCAACACAUUUUUUAUUAUUAUAGGAGGUGUGCAGAAAGGCAGAGUGUUAUCAAGUGCAGUAAUUAUAUAGUUGACCUUUGUAUUAUAACCAUUUUUAUUACAGUUUAACUUAAUCGCCUACACACUAAAACUGGGCCUGUUAACUAAACAUCCCAAACCAUCUAAAAAGACAGACCUAUUUCUCAAAACUAUAAACACCAUCACCAUGUUUCAAGGCAUUCAAUAUCACUAACUCAAGUCAUCACAUCUGGAACACAUGGGUCAGUUCCCUUGUUUUGGAUCCACAAAGACCUGAGGCAGAAUAGAUGUGGUUUCUUUCUUUAUGACCAAACAGUUAAAAAAAAAAAAUUCAUGUUGUUAAUUACACUCUUGCAUAUAUUUACAGAACAUUUCUUUUUCACUAAAAACAGCAUAUUGAGGAAUUAAACAUUCAGUGUGUAAUGGCUAUUUUGUAGUGUAUCAGUGUAUUUGAUGGGUUUUGUGUGGUGUCUAAAGGCACAGCUUGGUUUAGAUGUUUUAUAUGGUUUUGAGUGAAGUGUUAACCCUACCCAAUAGUAAUAUAUUCAGUUCACUCAAGUUAUGUAAAAAGCACUCAAUGUUUCAUAUGAUUAGUUGGAGAUUAGACUGUAUCAUUUUUCUAAUGUUGCCCAUAAGAUGAAUACCCAGGUUUUGAUAUGGGCAUAACCUUUGAUUUGGUCCAGUUCAUUUUAUAGCCGGAUAUUUGUGAGAAACUAUUAAGAGAGUCCAAUGUAUCAUCUGCGUACAAUAACAAUUUAUUUAAUUUCUUACCUAAAUUGUACUAUGAAUAUACACUGGGUUUAAUGUCUUUCUCUUUCUUGAAUCUAAUGUGCAGUGAAUGACCUAUUAUAUAAGAUGUUAAAAGAUUCUCAUAUAAAUCAAAUCAAGUUUAUUUAUACACACAAAACUACAUACAAUGUGUUAGUUGGCUUUAAGGCCCCAGGGUUAGGGCUCUGUAUUGAUUUACAAAAAAUCAAGACUGUGUUACAGAGCUGGAAAUUAAACUACCUCUGCUGUAGUUUUUUAGCCUGUA